CGAGGCUGUGCCGUGCUGCGGCGGCCGCCGCUCCCGGCCGGCGGCGGGGACGGYGAGCAGGGCACGUCCAUUGCUCGGCUUUCCUCCCAGCCCUUUCCCAUUCCGUCCUGCUGCGCGCAGAGAGAUGCAACAGCGGCAGYCCGGUCCCCCGGGGAAGGACGGGGCUCGAAGGACUCUAGUGCAUGAAGGACGUAAAUGAUAAUCCCAGGGGACCAUCUGUCCUGGAGCAGGCAUUGGAACCAAGUUACGAUGUGACUGAAAGGACGGAGUGCAAGUCAGAUGGUUGUUCCCGUCCAGCUGGUAUGGAGUCCAUGGAUGAAGCUGAAGGACGGCAAGGAGAGCUGAACAGGAAGGAGCAGUCCCUGAAAGCCUCCCAGAAAACAGCAGUGUUCGGUUGGCCUCCGUGGCGGAAUGGAUUAAUACCUGGAGACAACAUGUAUCUGUUUGUCCUCUCACAGAUACUGCUUCUCUGCAUGAUGCUGUGGUACAGCACUUACGGGACCAUCCCGGCAGCUCAGAAUGCUUUUGACCUGCUCUCUUACUUGCUUACCCCAUUUAAACAGGUUUUUUCAGACCAAGGGGAGAGCCUGACUACAGUUGGGAGUGUUGUGGUAUCAUACAUCCUGCUGUCUUUGGCUUCUCUAGGACUGCUAUUUUUAGGAUCUCUGAUUUGGCAUCUACUCAGAGCCCAACCAGACCCCCCCUUUCCGCUGCAAGAGGACAGACGCCAAUCUGUGAGCAGGCAGCCUUCCUUCACGUACUCAGAGUGGACAGAGGAUAAAAAUGAGGACGACUUCCUAGAUUUGGAUCCUGUGCCAGAGACUCCAGUCUUUGACUGCGUAAUGGACAUUAAAGCAGAGACAGACCCAGCUACUCUGACCGUUAAAUCCGUGGGCUUGCAAGAAAGGAGAGGUUCAAAUGUUUCACUCACACUGGAUAUGUGCACCCCGGGCUGUUCUGAGCAAGGCUUUGGCUAUGUCAUGUCCCCACGGGAGCAGUCAGCCCGGGAGUACCUCCAGACGGCAUCGAACAUCCUCACUGAGGAAGAGCUGCACAAGAAAGCGCUGGAUCCUUUCAUACUCCAGGCAGAGUUCUUUGAAAUCCCAAUGAACUUUGUUGAUCCAAAGGAAUAUGAUAUUCCAGGCUUAGUGCGUAAGAAUCGCUACAAAACAAUUCUCCCAAAUCCUCACAGCAGAGUGUGCCUUACCUCAGCUGAUCAGGACGAUCCCCUCAGCUCUUACAUCAAUGCUAAUUACAUCAGGGGCUAUGGAGGAGAGGAAAAGGUAUAUAUUGCUACUCAGGGACCGAUAGUUAACACUGUCACUGACUUCUGGAGAAUGGUGUGGCAGGAGCGUUCUCCCAUCAUUGUCAUGAUUACCAAUAUAGAAGAGAUGAAUGAGAAAUGCACAGAAUAUUGGCCAGAGGAACAGGUCACCUAUGAAGGAAUAGAAAUCACAGUUAACAGAGUCAUACAAGCAGACGAUUACCGUUUAAGGCUCAUCACCCUCAAGAAAGGAGAAGAAGUCAGAAACCUGAAACAUUACUGGUACACGUCUUGGCCAGACCAGAAGACACCAGACCAGGCCCCUCCUCUGUUACAGCUGGUAUUGGAAGUGGAAGAGGCCAUGCAGAGUGCAGAGGAGAAGAAUGCCCCCGUGAUUGUUCACUGCAGUGCAGGCAUCGGAAGGACUGGCUGCUUUAUUGCCACCAGUGUCUGCUGUAAACAGCUGAAGAACGAGGGCAUAGUUGACAUUUUGCGAACAGCCUGCCAGUUACGGUUAGACAGGGGAGGAAUGAUCCAGACUUGUGAACAGUAUCAAUUUGUCCAUCAUGUCAUGAGCUUGUACGGAAAACAGCUUUCUAGAGCAGCAGAAGAAUAAGUGUUCAUGACAUUCCUAAAGGCUAAAGCCAAAAGAACUUUUGACUGCGUUCAGAUAUCUUUCAGAUCUGAUAAGAGACACGUGGUAACCUGGCUGUCUUAGCUGGAAAGUUGUUAUUUUACUUUGAUAUUGCUUUUAUGCUCUUGUUUGCAUUGACAUUUAAGAGCUGAGGUACGCCUUGUCUUAAACAUACGUGAUGGGACAUAAUCUUCACCAAAAAAGGCUUAUUUAUACUGUAAAUAAUAACAGUAGCUUCAUUUGUUACAAAAGCAAGGAAGAAAAAAAACAAAAAAAAUCCACUGUCUUCAGUUUGCUAUUUUUUAAAAGGUCAUUGCUAAUAUAUCCAAAUACAGUGUGAAACUUUUUAAAUUGUCAUGCUGAAAUGUGCCGUAUGUUGACUAAGCUUGAAAGUAAAUUUUUGCCUCUUUCUGAUUGUUUUUAUAUAUAAAAUUACCGAAUACUGUGUGUAUCGUAAACCUUCUGAGCCUCUGCAUUGAAAGACUCAAGUAGAUUCACAUUGAAAUGAUGUUUCACACAUCAUGUUUGCUUGUUUAUUUCUUMUAAAGCAGUCCACUACCAGUGUCAUCAGAACUAAGGGGGAAAAAAUAUUUCAAUGACAUGAGUCGAAUUCUUGCCUCGAAUUCUUACCAGCAGUGUAUCCCAGGAUCAUGACAGCUGGGUGAAUCUGAGUAGAAAUUAUUCUGAACAUAAAUGCUUUAUGCUUUACCUUUUCUUUGUCAAUAUUUGGGCAUCUUAGUCAUCUGGCAAACAAAUUGUAUUUCUGCAAAUAGUUUUUAUUUUUUACGUAAUCAGAACACAAUCGGAAUACAUUUUCUCCUGAAAUCUGAGAUUCAAAAUCAGGUGAGGAAUUUUUUUAGUUAAUCUUUAUUAGAAAUCUGAUAAUAAAAUCAGUUGUAUUCUACUAAUUUGUACUUGUUUCAAAGCUUUGGGUAACCAUUUGUCCAGUGCCUAUUAAAAUUAAUGCAAAUCCUAUAGGCAGCUUUAAAAACAAAUCAGUCUGAACUUGCUGGCUGCUUUGGGCUAAAUUUGCUCUCGAACCAAAUUUAGACAAUCGUUAGCCCAUUCUAACCACUGGUCUGGGCAGCAGUAUUUCCCUUUCAGUAAUACAGACUGCUGCCUGUGCUUUUUGAUUUAGACUUCGAUCAGGCUGGGAAGACUGUAGUUUGUGUUUAAUACUUAGAGGUAARCACAUGUUUUAGUGCUUCAUUGAGCAGAGAAAAAUGGAGGUAUGCAGGAUCCUUAACAUGAAAGAUGAGUGUUUUCUGAAUAGAAGCUCUAAUGACCUACUAAAAAUAUUUUUGCUUCUCUUUAUUUGUUAUAACCAAAACCUACUGUUUCUAUUAGUGCAGAAGAUUCUGCGAAUUCACUGCACUUCCUAAUCAGGAGAAGGUAAAGCAGCUCUCAGAACAAUAAGGGCUGAUCCUGCCCCCACUGAUGUUUUGCCAUUGACGUCAGCAGGUGCAGGGUAAGGCCUCAAAUGUUACGCCUACAACUUCAUCACUGUGGGGAAAGUUUCCCAAUAUUUCAGUAGACAUCUUUGUGUUUAUUCUGUAUCCACGAACCUGUAAAAAUCCUGUCUGCAGGGUUUGCAUGAAUGUGUGGCAAAAUGUGUUAUCUUUAAAUUACUUGAUUUUAUUGCUGUAUUUAAAAUAUUUCCUUCAGUGAGAAUCUAGCAGGAAGAACUGGCAUUCUUUUUUAAAAUACUGGUGAUAGUCAUUAAAGAGAGCAAUAAACUUAAGCUUUUGAGCAUAACACGACUGUUAGUUUUAUGUAAAUCUUGACAGCAUUGUUCUCCAYGUGCUAUCAAUUUUUUGAAAUGGGUAACACUAUUCCAUCUAAGCACUCCUUAAAAAUAACAACAACUGAUAUUCUGAAUAACAUUGAAAAUGGAACUCCCUAUAAAUGUUUUUCUGCUGUUCUGUGUCAAAACUGACUCAGUGAAUAAAAAUACUUUCUCUGUCAUCAGC